AUGCGUCAGUGUGGAACCGUUCCUCAUGGCGAGUAUGACGAUCAGGUCAUCUCCUACCUGGAGAUCUUUGAUACGGGGACUGGAUUUUAUGAUCUGGCGCUUUCGGAAAUCGUAUUAGACUUCCUAGAUUUUGAGUAUGACGGCGAUGAGAUGUGGUACUGCAUCCAGGGUGAUGCCAGCGUUAUAGCGAAUGCGAUGGCACAGAAACUACCCGAAGGAAAGAUUUUCAACGGCAAGCGUGUUACGGCGAUUGCUCCUACCACCUCUAGAGAUCAACCCCCUCGCACGUACUCCCAUGUCAUCUCGACCAUCUCGCUUUCGUGCCUCCGUAUGGUUGAUACUUCGCAUUGCAAAUUCUCGUGGGGCCUGCAGACCGCUAUACGUAGCCUGCAUUACGCCACAUCCACCAAAGUUACGAUCAAGUUCAAUGAGAGGUGGUGGGAACGGAUGGGACAGGUCGGCGGAGUAUCCAACACGGAUCGUCCGACGCGAGCUGUCGUCUAUCCUUCCUAUGGCAUUGGUGGCACCGACGCAACCAUGAUUGUUAGCUACACGUGGGCACAGGAUGUGUCGCGCUUCAGUCCGUUUUCCGGCAAUCGCGAUUCGGAAAAGGCUCCACUGGACGUCAUCUCGAGGGAUCUCGCCGACAUGCAUGGCACCAAGGAUCACAACGAUCUCCGUAACCUGGUGUCCGAUCAUGGUGCAUUUGCUCACUUCGGCCCAGGGCAGUUCUCGCAACUCUAUCCCCAAGUGACCAAGCCCGCAGCCAACGGGAAGCUUCACUUCGCCGGAGAGGCCACCAGCGUCUAUCAUGGCUGGGUGGUCAGUGCGCUCAACAGCGCUGCCAGGGCUAUCUACGAGCUAGCCUAUUGUGAGGGCCGAGAAGAUCUCGUACAGGAGGUUUAA